AGAAAAGUGACACGAGUAUCCUGGUAAUUUCAAGUGUGCCAUCGCUAUGAAACUCGCACGCUUUUGUUGCAACCGCACCUAUAAAUGCCUUCUAGCAGCCUCUUCGACUGUCGCGCUCCCAAUCCCCAAUCGCAUCGCUCCUCCGUCACUGAUCCUCAAACCGUUAAAGGUAAGAAGGAAACCUCUCCGAUUGUCGGUUCUCGAACUCGGACAUGGCGUACCGGACGCUUGAGAUCACCUUGAUCUCCGCCAAGGGCCUCAAGGACGUCAACCUCUUCUCCAAGAUGGCCGUCUACGCCGUCGUCUGCCUCUCCGACGACCCUCGCACGCGGCAGAGCACGCCGCCCGACCGCGAGGGCGGUUGCAACCCUUCCUGGAACUCCACCUUUCGCCUUACCGUCCCCACGGACGCCAACCUCGCCCGUGUCCACUUCCUCCGGAUCCUCCUCCGCACCGAGCGCGCCCUCGGCGACCGCGACGUCGGUGAUGUCCGGAUUCCCCUAACGGAGCUGAUCUCCCGGGCCGGCGACGGCCCGCAGCCCGUGCAGUUCGUCAGCUACCAGGUCCGCAGGACGACCUCCGGCAAGCCCAAGGGCGUCCUCAACUUCUCCUACAAGCUCGGCGAGCGCGUCGCCGCGCCCGCGGCCCCCGCACCGUCUGCUGCCCCGCCCGCAGGCUACCCGCCCUCGGUCACGGCGUACCCCGCGUCGGCUGCUGCCCCGUACCCUUUUCCGCCCUCGUCAAAGGCGGAUGAGCCCGUGAUGGCGUACCCCUUGGGGACGAGCUACGGGGCGGCGCAGCCGGUCCCGCCGCCAUCGGUCUACCAUCAACCGCCGCCGCCGACCUACCAGCAACGGCCGCCGUAUGGUUACGGGUACGGGUACGGGUACGGGGCGGCGCGGCCUCCAGUGGCGCAGCCGCAGAGGAAGAACAAUUUCGGGAUGGGAUUGGGUGCGGGGUUACUGGGCGGCGCGCUUGGCGGGCUUCUGGUCGGGGAUAUGGUAUCUGAUGCUGCGGCCUACGACGACGGCUACGACGCCGGAUUCGACGAUGCCGCUGGCUUCGAUUUUUAGGCGAGUCUUCUCCCUCUUUCUUUCUUAUCUCUUAGAUAUGUGUGUGAAAAUAGAACAGUUAGAUAAUUAGGCAAUCUCGGAACUUUUUGCUGUUGUUGUGAUUUGUGCUUAUGGAUGAUGAUUGUACAUGACAAAAUUUACUUGCUCGGGUUAAUGUU